UUACAACGUUAAAGACAUUGUGCUAGUUGCUAUGGAGAAUAUAAAAACCCAAGAAGACAAUAUCCCUGCCCUCAAGAAGUUUACAGUUGAGAGACAGCCAUACCAAAAGAAAGACUAUAAUAAAUACUUUAAAGGAAAGACAGGUAAGAAUGACCACUUUAACUCACCGGGCCCGUCGUACAGAAGGAGGGAAGAACUCUGAAAAGAAGGUGGAAAGUGAGGAAGACACUAAUCAAGACAGAAGUCAAGACAAUGAGGACACUGAAGACUCUAAGGAUAUCCGCCUCACGCUUAUGGAAGAAGUAUUGCUCCUGGGACUAAAAGAUAAAGAGGGUUACACAUCUUUCUGGAAUGACUGCAUAUCAUCUGGCCUGCGAGGGGGCAUCCUGAUAGAGCUGGCCAUGCGAGGUCGAAUCUAUCUAGAACCCCCCACCAUGCGUAAGAAGCGACUACUAGACAGAAAGGUACUACUAAAGUCAGACAGCCCAACGGGUGAUGUUUUACUGGAUGAAACUCUCAAACACAUCAAAGCAACUGAACCCACAGAAACUGUCCAAACAUGGAUAGAGCUACUCACUGGUGAGACCUGGAACCCUUUCAAAUUACAGUACCAGCUGAGAAAUGUAAGAGAGAGAAUUGCAAAGAACCUAGUAGAGAAGGGUAUUCUAACCACUGAGAAGCAGAAUUUCCUCCUAUUUGACAUGACUACUCACCCAGUGACCAAUACAACAGAGAAGCAGCGACUAGUGAAAAAGCUUCAAGACAGUGUCCUAGAGCGGUGGGUAAAUGACCCUCAGCGUAUGGACAAGCGAACACUAGCACUACUGGUGCUAGCCCACUCCUCUGACGUGCUAGAGAAUGUCUUCUCCUCUCUGACAGAUGACAAGUAUGAUGUGGCAAUGAAUCGGGCCAAGGACCUAGUGGAACUGGACCCUGAGGUAGAGGGGACAAAGCACAGUGCCACAGAGAUGAUCUGGGCUGUGCUGGCAGCCUUCAAUAAAUCCUAAAGCCAGCAGGUGGGUUUCUCCUUUUCCCUUACUGGCCAGUGACUGUCAGAGACACCAUCAGCAAGCUUUGUGUGAUGAGAUGUUUUCCAUCAUGUUUUUUCCUUCUCUUGAAUCAAACUCGUUAUUUGGGGAGAGCAACUUCAAGGCUCCUGUAUAGACCUUGACUAUUAUAAGCAGACUUUAUUUUUCCCUAUACUUCCACUCCAGAGGUGAAUAAACUGGGUGAACCAACACACACCCAAUAAAUAAACAUUUUCUCUCAUUUCUUGGUUUACUUCCAUCUAGUGUGCUUUUGCAUUAGCAGGAAUAUCUAAGUGAGAUUUGGAUUUCUCUAGCCACAGAAUGUGAAUGAGAUGUAGAGCAAACCAUUUAUCAUAUAUUUAAAAUUUUAUUUUCCAUUUUAAAUAUAUGUUUUCAGUCUGUCUCUCAGGCUCUGCUAAGUAAUGUAGCUUGUUGAAGUAACCAUCUCUUUGAAUAAGGGGCAAUGGAAACAAAACUAAUUUUCGGAGCAUAUGGUCUCUGGGAUAUAAAUGCGUGUCCCGCUAGUGGUUUUCUCAUUUUUCCUUUUCUAACCUAAUGAGAAUAUUCCAAAUGUGAUUACCUGGUUCUCACAGUCCUAGAACCAGAAAUAUAUUCUCUACUCUCUCUCAGCAUUAUCCUACUCCAUCAUUCAUUAGAACAGAAGUCUAAAUGAAAAAAAUGUAUCUCUCAACCACCUUCUUCAAGCAGUCAGCAAUACAAUUUACAAAGGGAGGUGGCAUCAGAAUUUCCUCUCUUUAGCACAUGACUAUCCUGAUUCCUCCUGACUACUUUAAAUGUCCCUGCUCUGAUUGAAUUUAGGGAGUUGUAAAUUUCAAUUGCAGUAAGCAGCAUCCUGAGUCCAGACAAUAUAUCUAAACUCUAGAUCUUCUUGUUCCCUAUUUUGGCUUCCUACAUAAAUUGAUAGAUUCUGUCUAUAUUUAAGGGUUCUGAGGUACUUUUAUCUAUAUUUAAUCCACAGAUACCCUUCUAGUCAUUAGUCUUGUCUCAACACAACCAAAUCGCUAAAACAGUUUUUAAUUCAGUAGUGAAUGCAAACAGAAGCUUAUUAAGAAAAAUCCUGUUUAGAAGGGCAAUUUGUUCUUAAAAGCAUCCUGAUAUAAAGUCCAGUAUUUGGGAAUAUAAAGAGGACAGGCACCAAACUGUGCUAAUGUCAAGCAUUUGUUAUGCUGAUACUUUUAAUGGAUCUUGCCUCUUGACAGCUACAGAGAAACGGGCUAUCAAAGGGCUAAUACAGAUGAUCCAGACCUGACAUCAAAUCUUCCUGAUCAGAAGUAAUUAAAUGAAUGAUUGUAACUUUCAUCUUCUCCCCUAAACCUGUCUAGCUCCACAAAAUUCCCAACUCAAUUAACUUUCUUUUUUCACUUUUAGGUAUCACUUAGGUGACUGGAGAUAUAAAUUUUAAAGUGAAACAAAUUCUUAAAUGUGAAGCUGAGUAGAGCUUCAGUCUGGCUCUCUAAAAGUAUAAAAACCAGUCCCUGGUUGCCUCUACCUGACUUAGUUUUUUCUUUCCAUAUGAAAACAAUUCAGCAUGAAUUGAAACCAGGUUUUCCUGUGGAAAGUUUCAGCUUGAUUGGGAGAGUAGAAGUUGAGUUCUUUCUAGCAACUCUUGGUCAGUGUUUAUUUUUAUAUUGUAUCUCGAUAAGAUGAAGAUGUCUUCAGUUUGAAUCUGCAUAAUGUUCAUUGCAAAACACCUUUUCAUUUAAUGCAUAUGGCCUUCACAUUUCUGUAUAAUAAAGAUUAUUGUCUCUGGUA